AAGAAGGAGAGGGCGAGCGGCGACGGCGACGGCGAGAUCUGCGCGGAGUUGGGGCUAGCCGGCGGCGGGAUCUGAAGGAGGAAGAAGGGGAUCGGGAGGAGCGCGAGCGUACGAUGCGCUUCGCCUCGCUUCCAUCGAGUGGCCCGCGUGGGACCGGCGCAACGGUUCGGCCGGUGCCCCGGCCACAAAGCAGUUCCCUUCUUUUUUGCUUUGUUGGGUGUGCAGUGCAGCUACGAUCUAUCUAUUCUACGUGCCGCGGCCAUGGGCGCGCACCCCAGCGAAUACACCGGCGAGAACCUAUGCCACCGCCGCCCCGAACUCCGCGCAUGCAGCAGCCCGGAACCAGUUCCACCGGUGCCACAUGUGCCUAAGCCGAACACCGGUCCGGUGGUGGAGGUGGACGCUCCCUCGAGCUACGCCACGGCCGGCAAGCUCCUGUUCGUCGCGGCCGGGGCGUUCGCGGCCGUCCUCCUGGCCCUCAUCGCCCUGCACCUCUACAACAGCGGCCGGCGCCGGCGCGCGCGAGAGGGUCGCCGCCUCCACCGCACCCUGGCCAUCUACGUCGAGGCGCCUUCGCUGCGGCGGCUCGACCCCCUCGACCCCGCGGUGCUCCGCGCGCUCCCCGUGGUCGCCGCGGCCGUCGGCGCCGGGGACUGCGCGGUCUGCCUCGCCGAGUUCGAGCGCGGCGAGGAGGCGCGCGCGCUGCCGCGGUGCGGCCACCGGUUCCACGUCGACUGCAUCGACGCCUGGUUCCGCGGGAACUCCACGUGCCCCCUGUGCCGCGCCGCCGUCGAGGCGCCGGACGACGCCGUGGCCCGUCCCGAGGUGCGCGUCGAUGUGGCGGCCGACGACGACGCCGCGGCCAAGGGCGGAGCGCCGGCGAUGUCGAGCGGCACGGAUCUUGACAAGACGAGGCGGGUCUCUGCUUCCACCCGACCCGCUUCCUUCUGACGUGCCCCUGGACGCCAGGAAGCUUCCUUGCUCCUUCCGGCACCAGCGUCCAGGACCAUCAUCGGUUUGGGGGCAUUUAUUCCAUCUGACUCUGCGUAUUUUUUGUGUUGGUGAUGAUGCUCGGUGUGACUAAUUUUCUAGUAGUACAAAUUUGGCACAUGGAUUUUUUCUUAAGAUGAAUUUGGCACAUAGUUAGUAUUGCACUAGAAGAAAUAACGCGCUACGCCGAGCGAAACCCUAAGGCCCGAUCUUAGUUGGUGGUGUCAUGGUGAUGUACUUCGUUGCUCUAUUAUUGAAUGUAUUGUUUGGAGAUUGUUCGAUGUAAUCUUCAGGGUGAAAACAUAUGAC